UACAACUUUAUCUAUAUUUGUGAAGUAUUUAUUUACAAUUUCCGUCUAAAAUAUGUUCAGUGUUUCAUUUGACAGCUGAAUGUUUGUGGUUUGUAAUUCAGCUAAUUCCGUGUUUGAGCAACACACCAACAAUCAUACCACGCGGCCGUACCGAGUAGGGAACACGACGACAACAAAAAAUCGACCGAUGGGAUUGCGAGGUUCUUAUGAAAAAAGCAUAAAUACCGACCACAAUCCCCAAAUCAGCACAGUCGUCUUUAAACCAUCUGGGUAUCAUUAUACACUGGAUCAAUUGGAAGUCGACACAUCUUCAAUCAACCACCAACAUCUCAACACUCAACCACCAGCAGUAGCCACAGUAGCCCCAGCAGCAGCUGAACCGGCAGUAACCGUGCCAACGACAGCAACGACGACUCUCACAGCUCCACCGACGGAUACAACGACGGACUACAACCCACUUAGAAAACCGUUCUUUUUAGGACAAACAUACAGUCACUUAUUUGAGUUGCGCUCUCCUCCCGGUGACUCGAGUCCGUAGGCGCUUAUUCAAGCUGCCCUACGUUCCGGCUAGUCACCCUACCAUAUCCCCAACACCUUUGUACUCCCGGUAGGAUAAACAAACCGUGAUAACGAACAUCAGCUGUGUUAUUGCAUUCACGAUACACCGAAGCACCCGCAACCCGUCAAAUUAAAGAGUCACAGUUUUAAAAAUGACAAAUUGAAAAAAUUAGGGAAAUUUUAGAAUUUUUACUGUGAUAACUUAUUCUAGAGCAUAUUAACAGCUUUUUAGUGUU